AUAUUAUUAAUGAAUUCCACAACAACAAACUUCCAAUCAAACACCCCAAAUACCUCCAACCCCCUUGGCCACGAGACCGACAUUUCCACACUGGGCAUCUACCUCCCUUCCAAUACCCCACCUAGUCACCCCUCAAUCCACAUUCCAUCUCCCAGCCCACCUUCUUUCCCACUUCUCGAAGCCCAAGAGUUCCAUAACCUCUCUGACAUUUUUAACCCAAGUAAUGGUGAUGAAGAUGAAGAACUCUUCAAGGUUUUUAGUCAUGAUCACUUGGAUGGGCAUAAUAGUCAGAAAGAAAAUGAACACAUGCAGUAUAGAGAAAUUCAAGAAGAGUUUUAUGAAGACAGAUGCUUAGAGUCUUCCAAUUUUUAUGAAUUCAAAUAUUUUGAACAAAUUAAGGAUAAUAAGCAGUUAUCAAAAAUUUGAGAGGUUGAACAGAAGGUAGAAGAACCACCUCCAAAAUGUUUAUCUGGCAAAAAGAAUAAAUCAAAAAGUAAAAGAUGGGGCAAGAAGCAGGAUAUUGCUCUCUUUAACGAAUUUCGAAAAUAUGAAUCUAAAGGUUAUAUUUGUUUUGAAGAUCUCAAGAAAGUGCAAUUUAGGGCAUGAAAUUCUUCUUUCAAUAUAAUCAAAACAAUUAGAAGUACUCUUGAAACUGAGAAGUCAUGUGAAUUUUUAGUCAGCCGUUUAAUCAACAAUACAAAUGACAAAUUUUCGGUAAGAGAGACUAAGCUGUUGAAAAGGCUCAUAAGAAGGUCUGACUACAAAAACUUGGAUUACCUGAAGCUUUUAGAAAGCUUUAGAGGUAAAACUUUGGAUGGUAUCCGCAAAGCCUGUGAUAAUUUAUGCCAAGAGAAGAAUAAGAAAACACUUCACAAAGUAACAAACCUGGAGGAAUAGGUUUAUAAUUCAU